ACAACGUUGCAUCUUGCCAUUCAUGAACAUGGUCUGGCUCUACGUUUAUUCACCGCUUCUGUUGUGCACUUUAUAGUUUUCUGGCCCCCAUAAACCGUUUGUAUAUAUUUCCAACCUCACUUCCUGUUCGCUUAUCCCACUCUACUCUAGAUGCUACUCACUGUGUUUCUGAUAGGUAAUGUAAACUAAUGAUUGUGUGUGUUUGUGUGUGUGUGUAUGAUGGAUGAUGGGCUUGUUUCCUGACCCUGACCCUAAACCUGAGUUUGAUUAACCCAGACCACAGCCCUUCUCCUUCAUGAUUUUUGCAAGAUACAUAUUCUUGUCCUGUCUCCUCAGUGAAUCUUCAAGUCCUUCAGGGGCAGUGACUGAUGUUAUCUACUCUGCAUCUUUCCUGUGGUACUGAGCACAUUGUAAUUACUCAAAAGAUCUUACUGGUACAUUUCCCACAAUGGGGUUGCUGCACUUAUCCUUCCAUCCCUUCACGCCAUUGAACCCUCAAUCGUGACUCUCCCUUGAUCUUCAAAGUUGACUUCCAUACAGAAAGAUGUACUUUCCCCUGGACAUGUGCCUGAGCCUUUCACUUCUGCCAGUGAUCCUUCUCCUCUGAGGAAGUGAGAGAAAAAGUUUUGGUUAGUAGCUGAGAAUUCUUUGAGAAGAAUUACGUUGGUGAGAUAACCUAGUCCAGUUUUUGAAAAAGGUUUUCCCACAGAACAUAAGCCUAUGAGAUGUUCUGGGGAAAAAAAAGAUCCUGAGUUAAAAAAAAAAAAAGCAGGACGCCCUUUAUACUAAAUUGCCUUCUCGGAGACUGGUACCAUGUUUUAAGUAUAUUAAAGACCCUGAAAAGUUUAUGAUAAAGAAAACAAAUUUUGUUUAGCCCAGCACUUUUCAAACAUAUUUGACCAUAGAAUUUUUUUUCUCUUUUUAAAGAAUACCUAUUAACACCCACAUACCUCACACUGGGAAACAUUGAUCUUGUUCACCCUCUGCUCUCUGGUAUAUAUAAGGCAAACAAAGCCAUCUAUCCUAGACUGUCUUCUAAAGACAUUUUGCUUCCACAGUAGUGUUAAAAAGCCUAGAUCAUGAGGAAAUUUUCUCUAAGGUCUAUUCCAAAUCCUUCAUGUUGAAGUUUUAUCAUCCCAUCCAUUCUUAUAUCUUCACCAGAAAUAAAAUGAUUUUGAGUUCUGAUGCAAAAUCAAUUGCUGUGUAUUUACAGAAAGCUUACUAUGUGAAAGAAAAAAAAUUUAAGACAUUGGCUUUGCUGGACAAAAAUGUUGCAGCCAUUGGUUGGAAUUUCCAUAUUUCUCUGCUUCUAUUUCUUGAUAUUUUUCUGCCCUUGACUUGAAUAACCCUGAGUUUUCAAGAGGUGGCCACAAUGUAAGGCAGAAACAAAUGGAAGAAAACAGGGCAGACACAUGUUGUCCCCUGAGGUACUUAUUUAGAAAAGAGGAGAGCAGCAGAAAAGUGUAGGGAGGACUUGACUGGGCAGGUUGCACACUUGACGCUGAACACCCCACUAACAUAGAUAGCUCAGGCUUUGCUGAGCUAUCACCUUCCAGAGAAGAAAAAUCAUAUAUUUAAUCCCAUUUUAAGGCAGCUUACAGUAAAAUACGUGUAUAGCAAGAGCUUAACUAUAAAUCAUCUAGCAUUAUCUCUAAAAAGUAGGGUUAAUUACAUUAGGAAUCAGACAUAAGAUAAUUCCUGAGCAUGCUAUUAGCUCUGAGCUUCCUGGAAGCCAAGCAAAAAUUGAACCAUGACUAGUUCAAUACUGCUACAUAUUAAUGCAUGUAGCCUCUGUUGUGAAUAUGGUAGCCCACCCUUGCCUUACUCUUCUUUUGUCUUAUAAUUUGGCCUGAUUUCUUGAAUUCAAUAUGCAUGCUUUCCUGCCCUUUAUAACAUAUUUGAUAUAAAGAAGCCAGUUAGUAACAAAUAGGCAGUUUGAGGAAAGAGCUAUUAAUAUUUAUCUUGUAGCCAUCAGACUCACUUCACACAGAAAAGUCUCUGGGUUAGAUACGAAGUCUCAAAUUCUCAAAGGUGAACGCUGCAGAUCCCAUUAACAAAAUUAUUACACCAAGCUAAAAGGUCUUUGGGAUCUGUCUUCAACUUCAUCCUCCAUGAAAUUCUGGAAUGACUUUCCCUUGCCUUGUCCCUUUCCUACUGCUUCUUAGUCUGCUCCACUAACCUCAUUUCCAAACAACCAGUUGUUGGAUGCAUGAACUAAAAUGCCAUAAAGAAUUUGCAUAUUUGAUUGUUUUCUCUCAAGGUUAAAUGAAGAGAGCUACAAUUUCUAAGAAGCCUGGUUUGACUGUGAGUCUGGCCCCCAGGCAGAUUAGGCCAAGGUUUUGGCCAAGUGAAAUUGGCAGUUCCCUAGAAGAAAAGACUAGCACGUUGCUCAUUAGAGCUUUCUGAGCUUGCCUGUGCAAUCUUUUUGCUACCCUGCAAUUUCCUGUUGGUUAUAAAUGAAACCUUUCUAGCUGUUAAUGCAGCCGGUGAGUUGAAAAAAAAAAAAAAAAGCAUGUAAUUAAUCAAAGGAGGUUGGGGGAGAUUCACUAAGCUUGAGUUAUAGGGGAGAAUCUGGACAAGGCACUAGGACCUAGAAGGCAUCUAUCCACCCUGGCAGGAAUUUCUUGCUUGGAGCUCAGACAACAAAGGCAUAGAGAGAUUGGUUUUCUUUCUCUCAGCAUCUCCACCCAACCAGCAGAAAACCGGUCUCUGAGGUUCCACCAAAAUAUGGAACUUGAUUUUGGACAUUUUGAUGAAAGAGAUAAGACAUCCAGGAACAUGAGAGGCUCACGGAUGAAUGGGCUGCCUAGCCCCACUCACAGCGCCCAUUGUAGCUUCUACCGAACCCGAACCUUGCAGGCACUGAGCAACGAGAAGAAAGCCAAGAAGGUACGUUUCUACCGCAAUGGGGACCGCUACUUCAAGGGAAUUGUGUACGCUGUGUCCUCUGACCGUUUUCGCAGCUUCGACGCCUUGCUGGCUGACCUGACACGAUCUCUGUCUGACAACAUCAACCUGCCUCAGGGAGUGCGUUACAUUUACACCAUUGAUGGAUCCAGGAAAAUCGGAAGCAUGGAUGAACUGGAAGAAGGGGAAAGCUAUGUUUGCUCCUCAGACAACUUCUUCAAAAAGGUGGAGUACACCAAGAAUGUCAAUCCCAACUGGUCUGUCAAUGUGAAGACAUCUGCUAAUAUGAAAGCCCCUCAGUCCCUGGCUAGCAGCAACAGUGCCCAGGCCAGAGAGAACAAGGACUUUGUGCGCCCCAAGCUGGUGACCAUCAUCCGCAGUGGGGUGAAGCCUCGGAAGGCUGUGCGUGUGCUUCUGAACAAGAAGACAGCCCACUCUUUUGAGCAAGUCCUCACUGAUAUCACUGAAGCCAUCAAACUAGAGACCGGGGUUGUCAAAAAACUCUACACUCUGGAUGGAAAACAGGUAACCUGUCUCCAUGAUUUCUUUGGUGAUGACGACGUGUUUAUUGCCUGCGGUCCUGAAAAAUUUCGUUAUGCUCAGGAUGACUUUUCUCUGGAUGAAAAUGAAUGCCGAGUCAUGAAGGGAAACCCAUCAGCCACAGCUGGCCCAAAGGCAUCCCCAACGCCUCAGAAGAGUUCAGCUAAGAGCCCUGGCCCCAUGCGCCGGAGCAAGUCUCCCGCUGACUCAGGUAACGACCAAGACGCAAACGGAACCUCCAGCAGCCAGCUCUCUACCCCCAAGUCUAAGCAGUCUCCCAUCUCUACGCCCACCAGUCCUGGCAGCCUCCGGAAGCACAAGGACCUGUACCUGCCUCUGUCCUUGGAUGACUCAGACUCACUUGGUGAUUCCAUGUGAAGGAGGAGAAUGUUCAGAGUCCAGAGUACAAGCUUACCGUUACAAUAGGGUACUUCUGCUCAAGUGUCCAACAGGGCUAUUGGUGCUUUCAAGUUUUUAUUUUGUUGUUGUUGUUGUUACUUUUAAAAACACACUGUAAUAUGUUGGGUUUAUUUUCCUGUGAUUUGUCAUCUGGGCCACUGAUCCACAGUUACCAAUUAUAAGAGAUAGAUUGAUAACCAUCCUUUGGGGUAACUUUCCAAGGAUGCGAAAUGUGCUAGUCCAUGACCUUUCUAUUGAAUACUUAGGCGCCUGCAUUAUUUUUCCCCGUCUCACUUUGCUCAUACAUGACAGUCUUCCUUCUGUAGAAAGUUGUUUACAUACAUGGCACUUAAGAUGUGUGUGGGGGGGAAGAAAACUCAUUGGCAAAUCCAAGAGUGACAAAUACAAGUGCCCCUUGUCUCCCCAUCUCAAGAAUGCUGGAGGAUCCUUGGAAGACGGCAAGGCAGCUCCCCAGCCUGGCUCUUCACUCCCGACUGAACCCCCAGUUUGUUGUUUAGCGCCAAUUCUGGCUGUCAAGGGGGAGAGAGAAACACCAGCAACUUGUCAUUCUGACACCAGAUGCUUAGGACCCCGGUGCAGGGCUACCUUAAAGAAACCAGGCAAAAUUGGAAAACACUGUAGACAUUUCAGUAGUGUUUAUACAGCACAGUGAAUUCCUUGUCAACAUCUCCACUGGGGCAAUUUAGAAUCAAUAAGCAAUUAAUAAGAGUUGGGGGUGAGCGGCUUCCAUAUACCUGAUUCCUCUAGGAGGCUGUCUAACACAAACCGUACGGUAUCCAUCUAUCUCUGUUCUAUUGAAUGCCUUGUCAACAGCUAACACUGAAAACACUGUGAGAAUUUGUUUUCAGGUCUGACACCUUUCGGUCGCUUUUUAUAGCAAGAAACCAAUAUCCUUUUUAUAAAACCUCGUGUCUAUAUUUCAGGAGCAAACUCUUCAGGCUCCUUUUUUAUAAACUGGUGAUUUUUCUUUUGUCUAAAAAACACAUGCAGAAAAUUUACCAAAAAAAAAAUGCAGAAGAAUAACGUAGUUUAGAAAUCAUGCUGUCACUGCCAAACAGAAACCUCCAGGAAAAAACAAAAUGAAUAGCAGAGGCCAAUUCAAUAGAAUCAGUCUUUUGAUAACUUUUUAACAGUUAUGCUUACAUUAGUAAUUUCAAUGUGGACCAGACAUUCUGAUUAUAUUUUAAAUGAAAUGUUAUGGCAUAUUUUAAGCAGCUCUUUUUUAUCUAUAAUCCUGAUAUUUCAUACUGAAGACAGAGAGUCCUUUCACUUGUUUUUAACACUAGAAAGGAUUUCUCUUUGCUAAGGACUGAUCAUUUGAAAUAGUUCUCAGUCUUUGAGGUACAGGUUCAUAACACUGCUUUUUGUCUGUAAUCAUAGCCCAUAAUAGCAAAGGCAACUGAAUUAAGUGAAAGCCAUGCAUGCCAGUUCUGUGUUUGCUUUUAGCAGAUAUGAAGAUGUCCUUAUUUCUUUGUAAUUGUUCAGAUAGUUGGAAAGGCGCAGCAUUUGAAGCCAAGCUGCCGUUUGGCUAUUGAAUGACUUGCAUUUGUUCCUCCACUUUAACUAGAAUGAGCUUGCUGUGUGUGUGUGUGUGUGUGUGUGUGUGUGUGUGUGUGUGUGUGUGUGUGUGUGCGCGCAGCUGCUUCAUAAUUAGGAGAUAUUACAGGACACCCCGACAUGGAUCAGUGACAACUUGGUGGCAUUGCUGAUGUGCACUGGGUAGGAGGAAACUUGUGAUGGAAGGGGUAGAUCAGAUGCCCCUAGACAAGCUUCAGGUGUCCUUAGCUACAUAAAACAGUUUUGGUUCAAGGAAAGCCCAGAUGUUGGUAGUAUUGAUUCCUGGUAAAACUGGUCAUUGAAGAACCCAAAAUUAUGAGAAUCUCUUUUUGCCCCUCUCCUUUAUUUGUAGGCUGUUAGAAACCAUUAAGAAGCCCAUUGUACUUAGCCCCUACUUCUUUCUAGAAGUUCAAGGUUUGCUUAGUGCCUGCCAGAGCAAUUUGUAGUUAAUUGGGAAAAAUUGGUACUUGGGUUGGAGGAUGUAGAGAGUGGUAGGAGGUCUGUUUCUAAACUGCAGGCCCGAUUCCCCAAAGAUUUCACCCACAGUCUUUCCCCAGAUCUCAUUUAGUCCAAUUCCUUCAAUUUAAGAUGAAAUGCAGGCUGAGGCAGCCAAAUGACCUACUGGUAGAGAGCAGGACCAGAGGAGAAACUCAGAUUUCCUCAUGUCCAUGCUACACCUCUGAGUGUUCCCUUGUUCCCCUGCUUGUGGCAUAAGUACCAUUAGAAAAUAUUCAGUGGCCGUAUUUUCUUUAGAAUGAUCUUUCAACCUUCUAUAAUAAUCAAAGAAUUCCUAUUACUGUCUUCUAUAAUAAUAGAAUUUCUACCUUUUAAAAAAAUAAUAGAAUUUCUACCUUUAAAAAAAUCAAUUAUAAGGAAAUGUUUCUGUACUGCCACUUUAGGGGAGUUUGGUAUAGUUCAAAAUUCAAGCCUUUAACAAUUGCAUUUUAAAUUGGCCCAUUUUCAAGGCAAAAAGAAAUCUGGUUCUUACUGAGCACCUUCACCCCUGUCAUUAGUUCUCAAUUUUAUCCAACCCAGUUUUACUACGAAAAUCCCAUUGUGUUACCUUCUGCACAGGCAGCAAGUAGCACGUUACUCAGCAAGGAUUUGCCGCCACUCCCCCUGCCCCAAUCUCCCUCCCUCUAGGACACACACACAGACACACACACAAUCCAUCUGUUGCUUGUUCCUACCUCCUGAUUUUUCUUCCUUACAGAAAUAGAAAUAGGGACAAAGAAAGGGAAAAUGUAUAUAUGGGGCUGGGCUGAACAACUUCCUAAGUAGUGUUAACUAGGGGUAAAUUGAGAGAAAAGUUCCUUUUCUCUUCACUGUUUUGGAAAGGAUAGCCAUUAGCAUGACUGCUUUGUGUCCUUAAGGACUUUAGUGUUAGCCUAGAUUGAAUCAUAGAGUUUUCUAGCUGGAAGGAACCUUAAGAUCAUAUCAUCUACUCCAAAUUCCUCGUUUUCAGGCCAGGAACGGAGAUGCAGAGGUAAAGUAAUUUCCCCAAGGUCACACAGCCGGCUAGGGGCAGAGCUAGGAUUAGAACCCACAUCUCCUGGCUCUUAUUCCAAGGCCUUUUCCCACUGAACUGUAUUGCCUUCCACUAGGCUCCUGAGAAUUCUUUCCCAGGGUCAUGUUGCAUCUUGGAGCCAUGUGCCGCUGCCCUGAUCUCAGUGGGAAAUCCACCCAGCAACCUAAUACGGCUCUUUCUCCCUAUAUUCACAUGGUUCCCAUCCACAUGGACUGCAGAUGUCCCCAAAGAGAAGGAGGCAUUGAGGACCAACAGGAACAGUGGGGUUGCUGACCUUGUCUAUCCAACACAGGGGAUCAUUGCCCUACCUUGAGGAGCCCUCAGAACAGCCCCCGGAGCUCCUUCCCUGUUCAGAUGGGAUGGGGGAAGACUGGUGUCCCCUGUCGGCUCACUUCAUCUCAUCUCAUACUGGUUGGUCUUUGUAGGCUGAGAGAAAUGUUUCUUGUUCCUAGAGCAGGGGAAAGAAGGAUGGGAGAGAGGAAGGGAGGGAAGAAUAAUAGCUUUGUUCAUCCUGACUUUCUGAGAUGACUUUGAAGUAUUUUUUUUAAAUGAGUGUGGCUAUCAUUCACUGGCAAUGAUUUCUUUUAAAAUAUGGGAGUGAGACAAACUAGAGAAAAUAACCUGACCUUGCCCUGGUUGCCCUCAUCCACAAUGUCCCCAUAGCCAUCCUGCCCUGAUGGGGACAGUUUCCAGGUAUAAGCAAGGGGCUUUGGGACUGAAAUGUACCCUGGCUGAUGUUAAACAUUGACUCCUUGUGUUUGCACUAAAAUAGCAAGCUAUGUGCUCUACACACCAUACUUAUCUUCUUGUGUACACUGCUCCUGUGGCCUUCCAUGGCAGAAACCAGGGCAACAAGGUCUGAAGACGUAGUUUUCCUCACAGCAAGGUUCUUCCUGGGAACUAGGUAUUCGUUAGUUGAGUUCCAAAAGACCUCCUUCUGGGCUUACCCCACUCCUCAGGAAAUUCUGUCUCCUUCCUGCUUUUCCUCCUCAAUCAGAAGUAACCAAGGAACCUCAAAGGAGAUGUGUUGUUAUCAGAAGAAGGCAAGAAGAAGGGGUCUGAGCCUCUAGAUCCUUCUUUGAAUCACCCAACCCAAGUCUUAGACCAGCAAUCCAGUGCUUACCUUGGACAAAAUUGUGUCUACUUCUUAGUCCCUUCAGUACUCUGGAUGGACAUGUCCCCAUUCCCCCUCAGAUUUUUUUCUAAAUAGCUUAUCCUUUUUUAAAAAUGCAUCUACCAAGGGCACAAGCAUGCCCAAUUCUCCAAGAUGAGCUCCAGCACACUGAUGAGAAUGUUCCCCAAGCUCAGUGCACCUCAAAAACAUCUAUGCCUACAGACUUCCCCAGACUGAUGCACUGGGACGGUGGGGUUUGAAUGACCUCCUUCACUGUCCAGUUUGCCAUGGGAAUAAAAAGCAUGGAUAUUUCUUUUAAAGAAAACAUUGGAACUUGUCCUUGGCCACAUGGGGCCACUUGGAUUUCGAAGACCAGGCCUCACUCAUGUAUUGUCUUCAUUGCAUUAAGAGAUUUGGCUUUGAGGCCUAGGCUGGCUUCCUAAGUAAACCAUCACUGUUUUGAAGCUCAUCUGGGACUGGGGAGGGGUUAGAGUCCUAUGUUUUAGUACCAGGAAACUAGAUAGAAUAAAGGCCUAGCCGUUGAUAUGCCGGAAGUGACCUGAGACCUCCUGUGUAGCCAUGGAGCCUUGCAAUUGCUGGGCUUCCUAGGUCCCUCUCCUGGUAUGAAACUUUGAGGCUGUCACACUUCUGCCUCUGCCCAAGAAGGAGACCCCAUAUGUAACCUCAUCCACUGUUCUGUGAUUCCAUGCAGGGUUUCCUCUUCUUCGUAGUUGUGACCACCUGGAGCAAGAAUCCUGCCUUGAUUCCUCUCGCCUACCUUUUGGCUGGAGGUACAUCUCCAGCAUUUUCUCUGGCUUCUGGUGGCCCAGACCCAGUCCAGUGCUGUUAACCCUCAAUGGAUUACCCUUAGUCAGCCCUAAGCACUAUGAUCAUGGACCAAGAGAACACAAAUCAUUGCUUAAAAAUGAAUUCCCAAUUUUAUUCUUCCUCUGGCUAGCAGAAGUCACUUCCCUAGUAGAUACAAGGCUGGAGGUUCUCGCCAUACAGCAGCCAAGAUACAUCCUUAGGGAGGAAAAUGCACAGAGCACUGGCUCCAGCGGGCCACCUACUGUGGACUGAGACUUGACAGCUUCUCCCAGCCCCCUCCACUUUUUCUUUUCAGAGACCAGAAGGCUCCUUCUCCAUCAGCCGGUCUUUCAGUAUGUCUGGCUAAAGAAUUUUGCUCCUCCUGUCUCUUCAGGAGAGGGUGACUUCCUCUUCUGUCUCUCCCACCCUGGUCCCCAAGCUUAUCUCCAUCCUCAAAGAUCUAGUGUGGUCUUUAUACUUAGCCUCUUGGUGUUUCUUCCUGCUUGUUUUCUGUUACGGAUCCGAGCAGGCCUCUCACUGUGGCCUAGGCAGUGCGACACUGGUUAUCAUAUGACAAGACUCUUGAGCCCCUACCCCUUCUAACUGCCUAACUUUUUAUUCCUUAGUCUUUAGGCUUCAACAUCUUCUGGAAUCAGAAGCAGUCUUGUCUUACAUUGGUCGCCCGGGGCUAGGGGAGUAUGGAAUUCUCAUUGGGAAUUAAGGCAUCUUCCUGCCCCAGAUGAGAACGACAGACUAAUUGGGAGAGGACAGAUAGCACAACAGAAGUCAGAGCAAACAUCUUGUAAACUAAGACAAAGACUUAGAGGCACUGGAACUUUUCAUUUAUGGGUUAAUAACCUGAGGAAAUCAAUGGCUUUUUGCCGCUCUCUACCUUACCUCCCCUGUGUAUCUCUUAGUCUUUUCUUUCUCUCUCUACUUCACCAUAUUUGCUCUCAGUUUUAUACUCUGUUUUAUCACGCUCUCUUUCCACAGUACAAACAUCUCUCCUUUGUCCUCUGCAAUUCUUCUCUCUUUUAUUCUCUCCCUUUUUAAUUUUUUUCCUUCCUCCUUAUCUAGGUGUUGGACAUAUGCCUCUUCUUAGCCCUGUGAUUUUGCCUUGGUGAUGAGAGGUUAUUUCCAGACUCAACGAGCCCUGAUCCUACCUGAGUCCCGUUAGAAGUUUGUUGGUGGGAAUCAAUCCGAUCCUGGCCCUUUCUUCAACAUUUUCAGUUGUAAUUCCCCGAAGCAGAUCCUCACAAGCAGUUUCCCUAUAACUCACGUAUCUUUGGGUCUUUGCCUUCCAGGCAUUGUACAGAACACUUUGUGGUUCCUUUUAGUCCACCAUUUUGUGGAGCAGUGAAGUGUGCUCAGAGAAAUAAUCAGCUGAACAGAAUCCACCUAUGAAUUCGUAUCAGCUAAAUACUAUGAAUUGAUUUUGUUUAAUUUGCUCAUAACUUUAAAAGCUGCAAUACAAUAUAGUGAGAAACCACAGGUAAUUUCUCCUGUCAUUUGGUGUUGGGUGGGGGAACAAUUUGUUUAAAGUUUUACUGUUACACAAUAAGCUCUCUAUAAUAACCUUAUACACAUAAGGCUUGCCAAAUAUUGAAUUUUUUUAAGUUAAACUGAUAGGCAAUUGGGGUUGGGUUAAAUGUUAAGGGUAUUUAGCAAUUCCAUAAUAUAAAAAGAAAUAGUCACAUAAUUGAAUCGUAUUUUUCCUUCUGUUACUAAAUCCACCUAAACAUUUACUAUUGACGCCAACUGUUCAUGAUCCUGUGCAGGCAGUCCAUAUAAGAGUAAUUAAUGGAACUAAAGAAGCCAUCUUGUAGGUUCUAAUUUAUUCAGCAGGGUGCACAGCCCUUGGGAAUGUCACUGCUUAGCGAUGCCGUAUGGAAUGCCCUUUCCAAUGCCGUUUCUUUAUAAGUUCUCUUGAAGGGAUUUGAGCAAGUAAGAGGUUAUACCAAAAUGUCUCCAACGUACGGUCCUGUAAUACAUUGCAGCUUGAAGCCAAUGAUCCCUUAUGACUUGUACACAACUAAUGCAUGUUUUGAUUGAAUUUCACAUCUCUCAUGUGUGGUAAGUUCUUUAAAACGUUUUCGGUCACCUUUUUGUGCCAUUAAACUUGUACAGAAAACGCUUUUAUGGCCAUUUUCAAAGGGAGAAAGUUUAAAAUGGAAACAGCCCACCCUUUCUGCCCUAUAGCUGUAGUUAGAACUCAGUUACUGUAGCAAAACAGCUGUAAUUGGUGGUUGUAGUGUUAGAGCCGUUAGCUUGCUAGUGACUAGCUUUGGAGAGUAAAUGCAUGGUAUUGUACAUCACAUUUCUUAAAUAACUCAUUUUAACCUCUGAAAAGAAUAUAUUCUUCCUUGUGGUCCCUCUUCCCUCCCUUGCCUUCUCCCUCCCGCUGCUCCCAGGUGUCUUACGGUUGUAAAUAACUGAUUUAGGGGCCAAUAAUUUUUGCCAAGUCAAGUCAGCAAAGAACAAACAAACCAAAAAGGGGGGGGGGGAGAUAUUUCUCAACAUUCUCUCAGUAGUUAUUGACCAUUUCCCAAGGAUUGGCAUUGUGAUCAAAGACCCGGCUCCCCUUUGCAUAAAAAUCAUGGCAACCUGGGAGCCUCUUUGGCCAUCUGAUGACACUGCAGAAUUGAAUAGUUCUCAGAAUCACAUAUCAUCUAAAGACAGUGAACAAAGAUGUCCCUUAUCCUUGCAGAAUUUUUGAAAUAUUCAGAGGUCCUCAGAAGGCUCUGCUUGACCAGUGACCAAUAACUAUUUUUAAAACAGAAAAGGAAAACAGAGAAAGACAGUAGAUAUUUAGGGAUUUUUAGCUGCCCCUUUAGAAUAGUUAUAGCCAGAAAAGACAAGGACCUGGGUUUAUACGCAUUGCUGUUGGUUUCCCACGCAAUGCCUAGCCCGCUCUUAGGCUGUGAUUCAAAAGCAGUGUUCCAAGAAGGCAUCCUCCUUUAUGGUUUGCUGUUCCCACUUGGACUGGUAGGUUUGGCGAGGCCCAUGUAAGCCAGCUGGAGCGGACCCUUUUCAUCUCCUGUGCCUGUUAAUAUCCCUCUUCCUCCCUCCGCAAUUUGAUGAGGGCUUUCUUUGGUCAGAGGACUUCAAAGUCUAGAGAAGUUCCCCAUGUGUGUAACGUGUUGUGAACUGUGAGUGCUGCGGAUUCACAGCGUUCAACACCGGGCAGCCACGGAGCUGCUCUUGCAAUCAUUUUGGCUCUCAAGCUCUGUUCUUCAUUUCAUUCUCAUUUCUGUGUACAUUUGCAAGAUGUGUGUAAUGUCAUUUUCCAAAAAUAAAAUUUGAUUUCAAUAUUUCUGGCUGA